AUGGACAGGAGGAAACGGAGGACGGGCUCCGACGAGGGGCUGGCGCUGGUGAAGGCCGCGGCGUGGGCGUGGUACCAGCGCGGCGUGGGGGACGAGGGGAUGCCCGCGCGCGAGGUCCAUACUCCUAAGCCGCUGCGCGAGCCCCGGCCGUCUCGCUUCAAGCUCGAGGCCGCCGCUGCGGCAGGCAGCGGCGGCGUCGGCGGCGCCUCGGACCUGCCGAGAUCUUCACGUCCAGAGAGGGGCCCCUCGGAGAGGCGUCAUGACAAGGGGGAAAACGGGAGCCAGCGCAGCCGGGGGGCCAUGAUCGGCGGUGAGGCAAACCGGAGGAAGACGGCGACGAAGGUGAACGGUUUCUGGAUGAAGCAUGCUGUGGGCAUUUGCGGGCCGCCGGCGGACGUGGUGCAGGUGGGGGCUCUGCGCCCCCCUCAGCCGCGCCCGGGGAAGGGGAAGAGUCUUACCGGCGGCGCCGACGACGGCGGGCCGCGGGUGCUCCGGCAGGCCGCGAGGGCGGGCGAGUUGUAA